GCGGCACCACCAUGUCCUCCCUGGCCGUGGUCGAGCCCCCCGCCCCACGGGCGGCCCCCCGCUCCCCGGGCCCCGGCCCCCCGCGCAGCGGCGGGGAGCGGUGCAGGAACGCCUCGGACACCGCCCAGGAUACACAGUUAAGAUCAGUGGAUUUGGAUCACGUCAUCAAACUACUCGAAGGUUCGGACUCAAAAGAUUUGGAAAAAGAGCAGCUGAAAACUCUCAAGAAGGUAGUCAAGCAUUUUGAAAAUGGGAUUCCCCUUAAAGAUUUAGAACAAAUCAUCAAAAUUCUUAACCUGUGUUCAGAAAAAACGAAGGAACAAGAAACUUUCACUGAGCCUUUAUGUGAACUUAUUAAAUUAUUUGAGUUACCAUUUCAAAAAAAGAAAUCAUCUGAUGAAGUAAACUAUUACACUGAAGUUUCAAAAUGCAUUGCACAACUGGGUUAUUUGAUGAGAGUGCCAAGCUCCCAAGUUAGAAUACAAAUUUGUAAGUGUGUUAUUAACUUUUAUAAAAUGGAGCUACCAGGAAAAGUACUUUCAGGUUACCAGCCAACAAGUGCAAGUUAUAAAAUCCAGAUGGCUGAAUUAGGAGGAUUAGCAGAAACUCUUGUUUUGUCACUAGCAUUAGUUGAAAAUCAACUUACUGAGAAGUUGUGGGUACUUAAAGCUCUCCAGCAUCUCUCCAGCUCUGGAGCAAAUUGCAGACUAAUGAUGAAGGCCCAAGCAGCCAGCAGGCUCUGUUUGUAUCUAAAUAGUGCUGAUCCCUCAGGACAGCUGGUGUUCCGCUCCUCACAUAUCCUAUGGAACCUGCUAGAAAACACCUCAAAAGAAGAAGUUGUUAAUCAGCUCAGUAGCUUGGAAUGUGUUCAUGCUUUGAAAGAAGUAUUUGUAGACGCCCUGCAUGGUUUCCGGCACUGUGAUCAUCAGCUACGGAAUGACCUCUUGGUGAUUGCCACAUUACUGGCUGAAAACCCUGCAGUACCUAUGAUUGAAAGUGGAUUUGCAAAGCUCUUAAUAGUACUUGCAACAUUUAGUGAAGUGAAAAUUCCCAAUCCCUUGGUAAAAGGUCUUAAACUUACCUACUCUUAUGAGGACUUUGAGAUGAAGAAGUUACUAUUUAACAUAAUAGGAGUCUUAUCUAAAAAUCCAUCUGCUGCACAGCUCCUCAGUGAAAAUGAUGUGAUGCCAGCUUUGCUUUAUUAUGUAAAACCAAAUCAAAAGCCUGGAUUUUAUGACUGGUCUGCUGCCCAGUAUGAAGAAUUACAGCUUCAUGCAAUUGCUGUUUUAGCUGCAGUGGCUCCUGUGUUAAUAGAUAAAUAUUUGUCCUGCCAAGCGAAUACUCUUCUCCUUGUGUUUCUAGAAUGGUGUAUAGGCCAAGAUCCUUUCUUUGGUCAAGGUAACAGUUUCCAUGGAACAGGUGGUCGUGGCAACAAACUUGCGCAAAUGCGCUACAGCCUCAGAGUGCUGAGAAUUGUUGCCUCCAUUUACGAUGAUGCUGUGAACCUUAAUUUGUGUGACCAGGGAGCAAUUAGCCAGCUACUGGACAUCCUAAAGUAUGCAGCAAACAAAUCUAAAGAGAAAGAAGAUGUCAUUCUACUGGAAAUCCAAGCUGAUACAUUAUUUAUUUUGUCUGUUCUCUGUGAAAAUGAUCUUCACAGAAAGGAAGUCUUCAGCUAUGAAGGAAUUGGUAUACUUAUCCCGCUUCUUAAGAUGGAUUCAAAGGAGUUAUGUAGUGGAUUAGGCCACAGUUACCUCCUCUUCAGUGCACUCGACUGCGUGUGGUCCUGUGUCACUGGAUGUUACAUUGCAGAGGAUCAUUUUCUUGAAAAACAGGGCAUUUUUCAUCUUCUGGAUUUGUUGGCAUUAAAGGAAAAGAACCUGUGCAAUAUAAUUCUUGGAAUCUUGGUUGAAUUUUGUGGCAACCCUAAAACCACUUUGCACAUCAAUACCUGGCGAGGGGAGAAAGCUCAAACAGCAGCUAGCCUUCUAAUACAGUUAUGGAGACAGGAGGAGCUGGAGCUGGGAGUCAGACGUGAUCAAUAUGGAAGGGUUGUUGACAUGAAGAGACCUAUUGCUAGCAGCUUCCAGAGACAGCAAAAGGUCAUUCCCAUGCCUGCCAGCUGUCCCAGCUUUGCCAUCAUGGAAAUAUCAGAGAACAUGCGGGCAAAACUUUAUUCAUUAUUCUGCAAGUUGGGUUUUGAAAAUUUACCUGGCCUAUCUGCUGAGGAUUUUGUUACACUUGCUAUCAUUCGACAUUAUAUUGACUUUAAAGUUGGAGAAGUUUGGAGUGAAAUAUGUGCAGAACUAAAAGAAGAAUUCAGGCCUAUUAUGUUAGAUGAGAAUGCCUUGAAAAGCAUUUUACAGAUCCGAGCUACAUGUAAGCAGAGGGAAAUGAUAAAUAAAUCUUGGGAAAAUUUCUUGACUCGGACAUCAAACUAUGAGGCACUGAAGAAAGCAAAAAAGCUUCAGGAAAAAACAAUAGAGGCUUCCAGACCUAAAUUAAAGACUCAAACUGGAGCAGUCCAUUCUACUGAUAUUGAAGGCCUGCAUACAACAUAUGGCAACUUCGUAGACGAUUUGCGGGUCUAUGUGAGAGGAGGAACUGGUGGAAUGGGUCACCCUCGUCUGGGAGGGGAAGGAGGAAGAGGUGGUGAUGUCUGGUUUGUUGCCCGAGAAAGAAUCACCUUAAAGGGCAUUAAGGAGAAAUAUCCCCACAAGCGAUUUGUAGCUGGAACAGGAGCCAACAGCAGUGUUAGAGCUCUAAAAGGUGAAAAAGGAAAAGAUCGUGAAGUUCAUGUGCCUCCUGGAAUUUCACUUGUUACUGAUGAUGGCAAGCAGAUUGGAGAGCUUAAUGCGGCAGGAGAGAGGUUCUUAGCAGCUCGUGGAGGUCUUGGAGGCUCUUUGGCCACAAACUUUUUGCCUUGCAAAGGUCAGAAGCGAAUUAUUCAUCUUGAUUUGAAACUUAUAGCAGAUGUUGGCUUAGUUGGGUUUCCAAAUGCGGGAAAAUCAUCCUUGUUAAGCAAGAUUUCUCAUGCCAAACCUGAGAUUGCAAGUUAUGCAUUUACAACAGUACAGCCUCAAGUAGGAAAGAUCAUGUAUGCAGAUUAUAAGCAGAUUUCAGUAGCUGAUCUCCCAGGACUGAUUGAAGGUGCACAUGAGAACAGAGGGAUGGGCCACAAAUUCCUCAAACAUAUAGAAAGAACCAAACAGCUGCUUUUAGUUGUUGAUAUUUCUGGGUUUCAACUAUCCGUCAAGACUCAGUUCAGAACAGCCUUUGAAACUAUAUUGCUUCUAACAAAGGAACUGGAGCUGUACAAAGAAGAACUUAUAACAAAGCCCGCACUUCUGGCUGUUAAUAAAAUGGAUUUGCCUUGUGCAAAGGAUAACUUGAAUGAACUUAUGUCACAACUACAGAAUCCUCAGGACUUCUUACACUUACUAGAGGAAGAAAUGAUUCCUGCAAAUACACUUGAAUUCAAAGAGAUAAUUCCUAUAUCUACAUAUACUGGAGAAGGAAUUGAGGAACUAAAAGAAUAUAUAAGAAAAUCCAUAGAUGAGGAAGCAGAGCGGGAGAAUGAAGAAUAUCGGAAAAAGAAACUACUACUUUUACAAACUUCUCAAGAAGAAAAAAUGAAUAGAAGAUAGCAUUCUUGGAGGGAUCCAACACCUUUUAAUAUUUUUAGUAUGUACAUGAAGCUGUUGCUAUGCAGGCCUUCUAUUUAUUUGUUCUCUCUACCAUCACUGCCGAGUUCCCUGCUCCGUCCCAUUUGUUCCUUAGGCACUUGGGUAGAGUACAGUGGGGAAAAGGGCAAGUUUUUUUGAUUUAUGUUGGCUACCUGUUCAACAGAGUAAAGACCAAAGUUUGUGCAACUCAAAGCACAGCUCAACAACUGAUGAUCCCUGGAAUAUUUUUUGUCAAAUGAGAUGAAUGGAGGGAACGUAACCUUCAUAGGUAGCAAAGGAGCAAGUUCAACCACUCUACAUCUGAUGCCAUAGGCAUCAGAAACACAAAGGGAAAUUUCUCAUGGAGAAAUUUACCGGGGUCUGGUGUUCCUAAGGUGAACAGUAGCACAGUUCUGCUACUGUUGUAGGGUUUUUGUUGUUUUUAAGAAUUUAAAGAAAAACACAAAUAAAUGGCUGCAAGGAAAUGACUUGUAGAAGCACGAAAAGCAAGGCUGAUGUGUAAUGUUGGAGGGGUUUUUGACACCUGCUGGUGCCUACUGUAGUCCUCUUAAUUGUAAAAAUCCUGAUUCCAAAUUUCCAGGCUUUAUUUGUGAUUCCCUCCUUUUAUGGAGUCAUUGAGUAUAUGUUACUUCUUGGUGAAGAAAAUGAUUGCUUUUCAACGGAUCUAUAAAUAUUGGGGAAUAGUUAAUGUUCUAGAUUUUGUACGACAAAAGGCACACUUACAUUUUAAUUUUUUUUAAAAAAUAGAAGUCCUUUAUUGUCAGGGUAUUUUCUACUUCAGAGCUAUUAAAUGGAUACAAAGCAAAAUAAGACUGAAUACAUCAAAGGCUUCUUAGUUUGGUCUGGUUUUGUUUUGUAAGUAUAUAUAUCAAACUCUGCUUCUCUAAAUUUCGUUAAAACAGUCACUGGGAAGAAAGGUAUGGUUUCUCAUACAUUUCUUUUAUCUUUGUUAUUGGUUCCUAUUCUGAUUUUCCUCUAGUUUUACUGUGUUUGGGGCUAAUAUGUUUUCACCAAA